UGAGUGAGUGAGGGGCCCAGGGAGCGAGUGAGUGAGUCCCACUCCCGUAAGGAUACUCAGAGAAUGUGAGGCUUCUUGUUCCGCUCGUAACUGUCUCUCUUUCUCUGGUUGGAAAAACUAAAUGGAGCCUGUGGGGAAUAGCGCCUCCCUCUGGGGCAAACCAUCUAACUAUUCCUGCUGUAGGACUCGGCCAUGGAGCGCUAUAACCAGGUUAAGGUUCUCCUGAAGAACUGGGAAACGGCAUUCCUGCAGGAACACAAGCGGAGACCCAACAAGACAGAUGUGGAAAAUGCCUCCAACGAGACACAAGAACUAUAUAAAGAAUACAGAUCCCUGAAACAAGGACAGCUGGAUGUUUCCACUGAGUCUGUGUUUACCCCCGAGUCAGGGCAAGUCGCCUCCCUCAGGCUGGCACGCAGUGCAGAUGCUGCGGGGGAUUCAGAGGGUUCUGCCUCUUGGGGUAGCCACCUAAAUCGUGCCUGUGUAACCCCAAAACUGACUCCUAAGGAACGGGAUUCCCUGAAGGCCUCAGCCCAGUUUUAUGGAAUGAAACUUAAAGCCAAUCUAGGAGGAGCCUCGAAGGAGCGCCCGGUGUCUUUGAAGAAAUCCUUCACUCCUCGUUCCCGGCCUGCUAUUGGCUCUCCAGAUGUAAAAACGAGGAACCAUCUUGCUUUCCCCAAACCCCCAGGUACACCGAUAUCCCCUCCUGAAUUACUGCAAGAUACCCCGUCAGAACCUUCCGACACUUCGUCCCACAUCUCCCUAAAGGAGCCUCCACCUAAGCCAGCAUGGAAUCCAUCCGCCCUAGGGCAGCCAAUAAAGAAACAGCAUCAGCUCCAGGCAAUGGUCGGACAACGUAUGGCCUCCCUUAACCAAGAAUGGCUGCAGAGGUGCGAGCUCCGGAAUGGAGCGGAACCAAUGGAGGUUACAGCUGCUGAGCAAAGGAAUGUAAAUAGGGAGCAGUGUGACAGUACGUUGGAGCCUUUGGCUGAAGGGGCGAUAGAAAGCACUGACUUACAUAUUACUUCUAAUAAUGAUGAAUUUGCACACUCAGUGACCUCACCAACACAUAGUGUACUGGCUUUCACCCCUGGCCCUUCUCAGCAUGCAGCAUCUCCCUCACUGCCCCUCACAUUCGGGAGGCUGGACAAGAGCCCAGAGAAACCUAAACAGAAAGCUGUGGAAACACCAGGCAGGAAUAGUAUUGUAAGAUCCCGGGUCACUGACUCUGUAUCCUCCAGGAACAAAAGAGAAGGGGUCUGGGACCCUGACCAACAACCUUUAGAAAGGAAAUUUCCAGUAAGGCAGCGGAUUUGUGUAGAAAGUAAAGCAUCAUUAGCUGAAGCUGGGAUGGGGGCCCAUAACCAACUGGACAGUAAGGGGCCCAUGUCUAAUGGCAGCAAACAGUUGCAGGACAUAGAUGUUGGUCAGGUGAUGAAGAACAGGACUAGACCGAGGCAGCAGAGCCCGCAGGAGGUGGAUGGAAUGCCACAAGAGACUAUAGCGGGUGGGGAGGCAUCGGCCAUCUUGAGCAAAGGGAAAAGGAAGAAGAGGCAGAGGGAGAUAUCGGCAGAGCAGGACGCUGUAGAGGAAAGCCCUAAGGUCAGUAAGAAGAGACGUAAAACCAAAAUGAGCCCAGACAACGGGGAGAAGUCCAGCCCAGUGCAAAACAGAAGGAAACGAGGCGCCAGGAGAAAUGACAGCUCAGACGAUCCCUCGAUGGAAAGUCCAGCCAGCGAACAGGGGGCUAAGCCAGUGAGUGAGGAUCUGUUUGGAGAACUGGAGGAAGAGACGGCGCAAAGAAUCAGUGUGAAAACCGCAAAGGCUACCAGGAUGCCCCAAAUAAAAUCGGAGAACUUUGUAAGGAUCAACUUGAAAAAGAAGUCCCAUGUGAAAAGCUUUGCCCUGAAUGGUCAGAGGCUGAGGAAACAGAUGUGGAAACAGAAAUGGCAGAAGAAAGGAGAGCAGUUUGGAGGGGGAGGAAAACACUUUAAUCGUGGCGGGGAUACUUGUUUCCGGUGUGGAGGAAUUGGCCAUUGGGCAUCGCAAUGUCCAGGCAGUGUCCCUGUGGUGCGACAGGAGGUAGUUGAGAUUGAAGAGGAGGAGGAGGUUUCCCUACCGACACUGGAGGAUGUGGCAAGGAUGACCAACACACAGCUACAAUCCACCUCAGCUGAAGUUCCCUCCGGAUGGUGCCAGGGUCCUGUGGCUACUCUGAAUGUAGUGAGAGCGGUGUAUGAGCCCCCAGAACCACCUUCCCCUAUGCAAGCGCUAUAUGAGCUGGAACCUGAUGGGAAAGUGAAAGAGACUCCAGCUGAGGUUUAUGACACACUCUCUGAAUUAGGGUACAGCAGCUUCCGGCCGGGGCAGGAACAAGCUGUAAUGCGAAUUCUCUCAGGUCUCUCAUCGCUGGUGAUCCUCUCGACAGGAAUGGGCAAAUCCCUGUGCUACCAACUGCCAGCUUAUAUGUAUGCCAAACGAUCCCGGUGCAUCACUCUGGUUAUUUCUCCCCUCGUGUCGUUGAUGGACGAUCAGGUCUCUGGUCUGCCUCCUAAGCUAAAAGCGGUCUGUAUCCACUCAAAUAUGACAAGAACUCAGAGAGAGACUGCAAUUGAAAAGGUCAAACAGGGCAAAGUGCACGUACUUCUCCUCUCCCCCGAGGCGUUGGUGGGAGGGGGCCAGUCUGGAUCUAGCUGUUUGCCCCCUGCUGAGCAGCUCCCUCCGGUAGCAUUUGCUUGUAUAGAUGAAGCUCACUGUGUAUCCGAGUGGUCCCACAAUUUCCGUCCCUGUUACCUGCGCUUGUGCAAGGUACUGCGUGAGCGUCUGGGAGUCAAUUGCCUCCUUGGCCUCACUGCCACCGCAACACGGGCAACUGCAGAAGAUGUGGCACGCCACCUCGGGGUCUCACAGGAAGGGGGGAUCCCUGUGCGAAUGGCGUCAGUGCCUCCAAACUUGCAUUUGUCUGUCUCCAUGGACAGAAACAGAGAUCAGGCUCUUGUCACUCUGCUGAAAGGGGAGCGGUUUGGGUGCUUGGAUUCAGUCAUUGUUUAUUGUACCCGAAGGGAGGAGACACAGAGGAUCUCUGCACUGCUAAGAACCUCCCUCCAGGGGGUGACAGUGAGCAACCUGAAUUCACAGGAACAGGAGGAGGCGACUGUGUCUGAUAGAAAGAAGGCACAAGCCCUAAAGAAGAUCCGGCGCCCAUUGAAGUGGAUUGCGGAGUCUUACCACGCAGGCAUGUCGGCUGCGGAACGCCGGAGAGUGCAGAAUAACUUUAUGUGCGGCCAGCUGCGCCUUGUAGUGGCCACUGUGGCCUUCGGAAUGGGACUGGAUAAGUCCGACGUGCGAGGGAUCAUUCACUACAAUAUGCCCAAGAACUUCGAGAGUUAUGUGCAAGAGAUUGGGAGAGCUGGCCGCGAUGGCAAGGAUGCCCAGUGUCACCUGUUCCUGGACCCUGAGGAACACGAUAUGGACGAACUGCGCAGACACAUAUAUAGCGACUCAGUCGACUGCAUUACAGUGAAGAGACUUGUGCAGAAGGUUUUCCCUAAAUGCAAGUGCCGAGACCUAGAGAGGGAGCAGCAGGCCCUGACCAACGCAGGGGAGGUGGAAGACAGCGAACUCUUGGAAUUCCUGGCACAAAGUGGGGAGGAGCAGGAUGGUAUGUGUGACACGCCCAGCAGUGGGACGGACCCUGUGUGUGACAUGCCCAGCAGUGGGAGGGACCCUGUGUGUGACACGCCCGUCAGUGGGAGGGACCCUGUGUGUGACACGCCCAUCAUUGGGAGGGACCCCAGCAUGAGGACCCCCCGUUUGUGCCACAGACAUGAGAGAGCAAUUCCUAUAGAGGAGACUGUGCAGGGAUUGGAUAUCAGAGAGGAAGCCAUCGAGACCCUGUUGUGUUACCUAGAGCUGCACCCUUCCCAUUGGCUGGAGCAGAUGCACCCCACCCUCUCCCACUGCCGUGUCGUAUGUUACAGUGGCCCCCAGCAACUGCGCCAACUUGCCAGCAGCUGCCCCCCGGUGGCUGUGUGUCUGGCUCGGGAGCGCCUUGCCGGGGUGGACCACACGCAUGUAAGCUCUGUGGAGUUCAAUGUGGUGGAGCUGGCAGAUUCCAUGGGGUGGGAGAUGGUUCCUGUGAAGAGAGCCCUGCGGGACCUGCAGUGGAAGCAGCAGCCUGAGAGAGGGUUUAAAGGCACAGGCAGGAGUGGGGUGCUGGUAGAGUUCGGCAGACUAUCCUUUCACUUCCGCUCAUAUGGGGAUCUGACUGAUCAGGAGCUUGAUGAGGUCUGUGACUUCCUGCACCAAAAAGUCACUUCCCGGGAGAGAACCUCCCUAAAUCAGCUGAAGUCGUGUUUCCGUGCUUUCCAGAGUGUGGCGUACAGGACAAGCAGCGCGUGUGCGGAGCAGAUAAGCGCAGAGAGAAGCGCGCAGCUAAAAGCUCUGCUCUGGGAGUACUUUGAGAAGAGAGUCACAGAAGAAGCCAAAGUGGAAGAUCCUGACGAAGAGCUCCGUGAAAUCAAGCUCCAGGAAUCAAAGGACCAGGUCCGUUCUGAUAUCCGUCACUUCCUCUCCAUUCACCAAGAGGAGCGCUUCUCCGGCAGAGCAUUGGCUCGUAUCUUCCAUGGGAUAGGAAGCCCCUGUUACCCUGCCCAGGUGUUUGGAAGAGAUCGGAGGUUCUGGAGGAAAUAUAUCCAUCUGGACUUCAAUGAGUUAAUGAACCUUUCUAAGGAGGAAAUAAUCCGACUGAAAUGAGUGUGAGCUGGGGGUGCGAGGCAGCAACGGGGGGGGGGGGGGGGAACUGAGGGACCGGGGGAACAGUGAGGCUGAUGCCCCAGGUUGGAGGGAGGUUUAAAGAUUUUAAUCCAGAACAUGAACUCAAAAGGGGCAGAAACCCAAUUACAGUUUCACCCUGAGCUGGGGAGUGGGGCAAAGAAGGCGGGGCAUAAUGAUAUAUUGCCCCAAGUUGGGAGAGGGAGGUGGAAGGGGCAUUAGGGUGAGUGCCCUAGGCUGGGGUGAUAUUAAGUUAAAUCUGGGAAUAAUGGGUUAGAAAGCAGCAGAGGAUGAUGGGAAACACUCAGGCAGCGGGGAUAUCACUUGUAUAUAAACCAGUAAUUAUAUUUAUUACUUUGCUUUGUGAAAUAAAUCUAUUUUCCUAUGUCGGCCUCAUUCCUG